CAGAUAUUAUUGGAAAGAUUGUUGGUCGUUCCAGCGUUCGAACUCAUAUUACACCGCGGAAAGAGGACAAGCUUAUGGAGAUAAGUUUGUAAGAUCAUGAGGGGAUUCGUUUGAAUUGUACACUAUGGGGAAAGUUUGUUGAUCAGUUCCUUGAAUAUGUCGCUCUAGACCUGCCUUAUCCUUCCCUGAUGAUGGUGAGCUUUUGUCGUGCUAAGCGAUUUAAUGAAGAGGUCAAUGUUACCACAACGUUUGACGUAACAAAAAAUAGUUUUUGAUGGAGAUUUGAAUGAGAUUCAAGAUUUCAAGGGAAAGUUCCCCCCACAUGAAGCUGAAGAUACGACCUUUCAAAACACAAUGUUAAGUGGUGGAGAAGAUGUUGAUAGCGGAACUUUGACGAUCACGAGAAGGUGCAUACUGGGUUGUGGGUGAGGUGGAUUCUCUCGGUCCAAUGCGUGCUUGGUCGUAUCUUGGAUGCUCAGAAUGUAAUAGGAAAGUUUACCCAGAAGAUUCAAGGUACAAAGUCAUUGUUCGUGUCGUUGACCAGAGUGGUGGUGGCCAUGCUACUUUUGUCAUAUUUGACAAAGAAUGCACUGAAUUGUUGGGUGUUAGUCCGUACCUGCUAAGGGAGGCCAUGAUUGAGAGGAAAUUGGAUCCAGAUACUUUACCCCAAGAGUUGGACGGAAUACUUUCUCAAAAAGCGCUUUUCAAAGUUCAUGUUAGGAAGAACCAACUUUCGCCAUCAAAGAAGGGGGGCCGUAUUUUCAGCGUGGGCCAAAUCGUUACUGACCCAAGAGUUGUGGGAAAGUAUAAAGAAGAGAUGCAAAGGACUGAAGUUGAUGAGCUUUGGGACAUGGUGGAAGACUUGAGUCAAAUAAUGGAGAAGGUACUAAACGUACUAUAUGUUGCUGAGCUUUAAAUUUCAAAUAUUUUUCAUAUCUUCUUAUGGUACAUAUAUACUUGCAUGCUAGUUUCAUAGUAUCUUCUUAUGGUCAUACUCAUAUAGUGAUCUGCUUGUUAAUUAUGCUUUGUCCUUAUUAAAAAAAAUAUUAUGCUUUGUCAUUGGUCAUAGAUAAAUGGAAGAAGUGAUAGGAAAAAUAGAGGACUAUGUUGUUG